ACAAACAUCAUCGAACAGCGAGACACAACCUUAUCACAAAAUCUCUCAUUAAAACGAAACAAAACCAAAAAAAAAUCUGAAUGGUUUCAUGUGAGAGAUUUUGUUUCAUUUCAUAAGAAAUGAAUACUUUAAAACCCCCUUUUGUUGAUUUUGAUUCUUAACCAGAAAAUCAUAAUAUAUAUUAUCCUAUGUUCAUUCAUGUUAUAAUAUGGAGUCGGUGCAAAUGAACAAAGGUAAAUACAAAAAAUCGUUAUUAAUGUGUUUCAAAACCUUCGUGGAUGAAGAUGACGAUUUAAAAUCUUCGAGAAGAAGAACCUACAACGCCACCAUCACCAUCGAUCCUGUUCUUGCGUAUCUUGUUGCAGCGGAUGUGGACGGUGUGGUUUUGUUUUCAACGGCGGCGAAGGAAGAAUGCAUAAAUCAUCGACGAAACGGAGGACGAGACACGUGGAAUUCUCUCAAGAUGGCGCUCAAGGGAACAUCAUUGAUGAAAAGGAUUCAUAGUAGAAGAAAAACAAAAAAGGAUUCCAUUUCCAGAUCAAAUACCAAUACAAAUUUUGGUGCUUCACGAACUCCCCAACAACUGAAUCCCAACAUCAUCAAUAAAAACAAACCUACACGAAGAACCACUUCAAACACUUUCUCAGAUAUUACUAAUUCAUCUACAAUAUUCCCCUCUUCACCAUCUCAGAGUUCAACCAUUUCAUCAAACUCAGAUUAUGUGUCAAACACUCCCUCUCAUGAAACCAAUAUCAUACCAAAAUUUCCAUCAUUAAAUGGAACUAAUGGAGUAUCAAAGAAAAAUAUUGUUGAAGAAAAGAGGAAAGGAAACAUAACUUUAUGUAUUCUUUGGAUUUUUAGUCUAUUCGUUUUGAUUUUUUGGGGAAAAUUGUUUGCCAUAUUAUAUACUUCAAUUUGGUUCUAUAUUGUUUCUUCUAGAGAAAUAAUAAAAUGCAAAAAGGUGGUUUCAUUGCAUAGAGAGAGCGAUUUUGACUCUAUUGAUUAUAAGAAGAAGAAUAUUAUGGAAGGGAUACUUAAGAAAAGUCAUAGUCGUGCAUCUCUUCUGACCUCUUCUUAGUCAUAAGGGUCAUAUAAGAUUUUUUAUUAAAUUUAUUUUAUUUAUUUGAGCCUACUAAAUUUGUAACCAUUGUGAGCAUGUAAUUUUGUAUAUGUGAUUUCCAUGAAGAAUUGGCUUUGGGUUGAAAA